AUGCGUCGACAUCAAAUCACAGGAUUUGACCGUGUUCUUCGGCUGGAUCGAAGGACAGGCCGUUCACGACCCUUAACAGUACAUUCACUCCUGAGAUUUGAUCGUCGCCGGGAUAUUGCUCAACAUAUCUCCCAUCACAUUGUCCCUGCAGUAUGGGGUCCAUUCUCGGACGAUGACGAGAAUCUAGAAAUGAACUUCGACGCAGAGCUAUGCCUUGCGCAACGCAUUGAGCGGGGCCUGUAUGUUUUGUUUCACAUGUCGGAUAUUGCUCGGGACAUAGAAAGAUCAAAACAACGAAGAAGAAAACCCUUAGCUCCUGUGGCAAUAGGGCGAUUAAUAGCGCUGAGCCAGACAUUCGACGAGUACGAUGAUCUGCCCGAGCAAAAGAGGCAAUCGGUAUCAUUUGAAAACUACGCUGGCCACGUGUACAAGGUGCUAAAAUGGGGCGCGACGGAAGCCGACAUCGGUCGAAAGCGCCUGGAGUUUCGACGUCACCUGGGUAAAGAACGAGAAGUCGAUCUCCACGUUGCUCUUCGCAUGAUGCGAGAGCGGACGGAAAAGAUGCUCCUUCGACACGGACCCAGUGACUGGUUCCGUGACGCAAAAAACGAAUACAGUGUGAUUUCCUGGUUCCUCCUACGACAAUCGCCACGGACAUUGGAGAAGCUAUUCCUCAGCGAUCCAGACCAAUGCUGCGAUAUAGAGGGGAAGCUGGGUAUCGUAAACGAGGUACGGGUGUGCCAUUUCGCCGACCCCCUGGACAACUACUGGAAAGCAUGGAAGGAGGAUCCUCAACUGGGAUGCCAGGAUUGUGACUGUAAGCGACGAGCACGCAGCUGGAGCGUGAAGCCGGCACUGAUUGAUGCUCGGGGGCGAGAACAUAAUAUCGCUGCAGAGAAAGAUGUCCUCAAUUCCCUCCAAACAUCCCGCCCCCUCUUCUCCUCUUACCUCCGCAUUCGCUCACUGGCAAAAUCCCCCCAAAACCCCGAACUCCAACAAGCGCGCUCCGAACUUGAAACCACCCUCUCCGAACUCAGCGCCGACCUCGACGACCUCGUUGAAAGCGUCCGCGCCGUCGAACUCGACCCCUACCGCUAUGGCCUGGAACUCGAGGAAGUCUCAAGACGACGAGGGCUAGUCAGUGAUGUCGGGAGGGAAAUCGAGGAGAUGAGAGCAGAGCUGCAGAAGGCUAUUACGGAUACAACUACAACAAAACCGGGGGGGACGGGGGAUAGUAGGCUACCGCUACCGGAGGACUUCGAUCAGGAUUUACCACUUGAGGAGAGGGAUGAUGAUUACUAUGCUGCGAUGGAGGAGCAGCGGCAGGCGGAGUUGAUGCAUGAACAGGAUGAGCAGUUGGAUGGGGUGUUUCGGACGGUUGGGCAUUUGCGUGAUCAGGCGAAUGAUAUGGGGAGGGAGUUGGAGAGUCAGGCUGUUAUGUUGGGGGAGGUUGAUACGUUGGCGGAUCGGGUUGGGGGGAAGUUGCAGGGGGGGAUGUCGAGGUUGAAGCAUAUUGUGAGGCAGAAUGAAGAUACAAUGUCAUCCUUUUGUAUUGCGGCACUUAUUUUCGUUCUCGUUCUAUUAUUAAUUUUGAUCAUUGCUCUAUGA